GUAGUUGAACAUUUCAGCUGCUGGCGGAAGCCGAACAGAAGAAACCGCCGCAACGAACUACGCAACUUCCUUUUUCUCCGAGGCCAUAUUGGAGUGAUUUCACUGUUUGCCGGUUCGGACUAAACCGAAAACAUGGUGGCAGCAAAGAAGACUAAAAAAUCUAUGGAGUCCAUAAACUCUCGUCUCCAGCUGGUGAUGAAGAGUGGAAAGUACGUGUUGGGCUACAAACAGUCCCAGAAGAUGAUCCGUCAGGGGAAAGCUAAGCUGGUUAUUCUGGCCAACAACUGCCCUGCCCUUAGGAAGUCAGAGAUCGAGUACUACGCCAUGCUGGCCAAGACCGGUGUCCACCACUACAGUGGAAACAACAUUGAGCUUGGCACCGCCUGCGGAAAGUACUACAGGGUCUGCACACUGGCGAUCAUUGACCCUGGUAAGGAGCUGCAGCCUCUCAUCCGCCCUGUUGAACAGAAACAGCUAAUUCAGAAAUCACCUCAGGUGUUCUGUCGGGUUUUCACUGACAAGUUGACAGCUGGUAUCGUCACCUAGAAAUGAAAUCUAGUAGAUUUUUAAGUCAGUAGAGUUCAACAUAAGUGUAUCAAUUAUUUCUAUACUUGCAUUAAAAAGAAUAAGCUAUUUCAUUCCAUGGUGUCAACUGAAACAUGCUUGAAUACCAAAUAUUUGCUUGUUGUUUACUCUGUAGUAUUGAACUUCCUGGUCUGAGCUUAAGAUGCAACUCAUUUCCUGUUUGGAGUCUAAAAAGAACAAAUUUUCUUUCAUCACUGUUCGAAAUGUUGCUCCAAUUCUCCUUAGACCAGUCGCUGUAUUCUGGAUCAAAUUCCAACCUUUUCAACACUUUUUAUUUUCAACAAUAGAAGUUCAUGCUAAAAUUUUGAUUUGAGUGUCUUAUUGUUGAAGUACUCUUAUUGUUAGGCCUCCUUCAAUCAGCCUGCAGCUCAUAGGUACUUGAUGUUUCUCCAUUUUGUAUUUUCUUCCAACCUCUGGAAUGGUUGUUUUCCAUUUUAAUUUAUGGCUUUAAGGUUUUAUGUUCCAUUUUAAAGCAUUCCAGGUCAUUUUAGCUGAUCAGCCAGCUUGAUUUUCUGCACUUUUUCAAAGUUCACUGUUCUUUGAACGACUCAGGUAUUCAGAGUGGCACAGAAUGAGCAGCAGGAACAUUUGCUGCAGUAAUUCCUAAAGAAGGGUCUCGUUUGUUUUCACACAGUGAACAACCUCACUGACUGAACUCUGUUCUGCUGUAAUCUUGAACACAAAACCUUCAAGUAUUGAUCCAGUUACAUGGAACUAGCAGAACCAAACAAAACUAAUGUUUUUUUAUUACUACAAUACAACUACAAGUAAAUCUGCUAAAAUAGUUUUUUAUGUGGUUAGAGAUUAAAUUGAACAGAAUUUUGCAUGCAAGCAACAAAUCAUUUACUUUCAUCUAGUUCUUAAAGUACAAUAUGUUUUUUCCACAUUUGUCUCUUAAAAAAAAACCCUCCCUAGAUCUGUGACUAGAUGUAAAAGUUUAAGUAUUUGAAUGUAAAUUAACUUUUUUGUUAGAAGUAUUUAGUGCGAAUUUUUGCGCCUGAUGGACCCGAGUCAGAGUGGUCCAGUUCAGGACUAGUGGUUCGCUACAUCAAAGCUGCUUGGAGCAUUUUAAUGAACUGCCUCAUCCUUCUGGACAGUUCACAGUGCUUUGCUAGCAACAUUUAUCCUCCUCCUGUCUAGUGUGUUUCUGCUGAUGAAACAAAUAUGUAUGUUUACAAAGUGAAUGAAAUGUGAUGGUGGUUUAUUUAUUUUACUGACUUGGCUCGUCUUUUUGUCCUGUAGGCGAUUCUGACAUCAUCAGGAGCAUGCCGGAUCAGCAGCAGCAGGCCCAGUAAAGACAAAAUAAAU